CGGUUUUAACAGAGCUGCAUCUCGUACGCAGUACUGCAGAACGGGAGCAGUUGGAUGCCAGUGCACGCCUGUGUCAAGGAAGAAAUAGCUAUGGAGCUAAAAACAACUGAGCAAGUACACUUCACUGUCAAAGCGCCCGCCGAGAGAAGAGACUCUAGAGCGGAUCACCCUGAGAACCUCCUGCCAGCUGUCCGACAAGGCUGCGUGUGCAGCAGACCAAAGUCUCCAUGUGGUAGAAGUGCAUCUAGCGGCUCAGCCAAAAUUCUCUUGCACUAUAAAAACGCUACUCAGCACUUGGCCGCGUCUGGACUCAAGGUGUCUGCCAUUUCCAAGGCUGGUGUAGGUAUAAUUAAAACGGUCACUGGACAUUGGAGACACCAGGAAAAUAAAACGAGGGUUUCGCUGUCAACAAGCGCUGGCAAUCGGCACGCGUCUUCUGAUAAUAUCCUCUGCAAGAGCCCCGUGCUCGAUCCGUUAGCUGCUCUGGUGCUGCGCGGUCAGUCUAGCCCAAGCCCUCUGGAGCACGAGCCGCGGAAGGUCAAACUAUGUCCCGCUAAGCCACAGAACUGCCGGCGCAUAGUGGUACUGGGCGCGCCGAGAACGGGCAAGACAUCCAUCCUGCGGCGGUUCCUACGGGACGGCUUCGCGGAUCAGUACGAACCCACCUCUGAAGACUUCCACAGAAAACUCUACCAGAUCCGCGGUGAGAACUACCAGAUAGACAUCCUGGAUGCCUCCGGAGAGAGAGGUUUCCCCGCUAAGCGCAGGCUGUCCAUCCUUACAGGUGACAUCUUUCUCCUGGUAUGCAGUGUGGAUGAAAGAAGCUCUUUCGAGGAGGUUCGCGCGCUGCGUAAAGAGAUCGUGGCUGCGAAGACCAAGCUCCUGAAGCAUAAAACAAGCGCACGCGUCCCAAUUGUAGUAUGUGUGAACAAAGUGGACUUGGAUCCGAAGGACAGAGACGUCAGCCAGGCGGAGGUUGGCCAGUUUCUCGGGAACGACUGCAUCUCUUUCGAGACGUCCGCCAAAGACUGCACCAAUCUGGAGGAGAUGUUCGGGGCCUUGGCAAAAAGCGGAGGACUCCCCACGGAAACCCUGCCGUCUAUGCACCGUAGCAUCUCCAUCCGCUCUUAUCAGGCGCUGCGCUCUAGGCGACGGGGUGCCAGAGGGAAGAGAGCGCUCGAACCCGACGCUCCCCUUGGGGCGUUGUGUCCUUUAGCUCGCCGUCCCAGCAUCGGCACUGAUCUCCGAUAUGUCCUGGGAUCCAAUUCCGCGAGAAAACCCAAACAAACUUCUUGAAAGGUGCCCAAUUCUAUGAAAGAGAAUCAAGACCAACAGAGAGGACAUUUUCUUGUGUACAAUAAAUGUAUAAAUAUUUUUUCUAUAGCUGCUGGCUGGACCGGUUGAUUAAAAUAAAGACCACUGUUGUUCAUGAAAUGCUUUCAUGGACGUUAAUGGACAUUGUAAAAUAUUUUUAUUUAUUUAUAACGUGCUUUCAUAAUAAAUGUUAGCUGAA